UGUGCAGCCAGUCGAGUAGCGUCCAUUGAACGAGAAGGAUGUUUCGUUUGGCUGCUGUUUGAAUUCUUGAUUUUUGUGUGUUUGCAGCGUCGCUUUUAAUCAAACCCUUUUCCCGUGUGUGUGUGCGCGUGAAUCUGAACAGAAAAAGUGCCCAUACAAAACAGUUUGUCACCAUGUGGUGGAAAGUUUUGUGAGCUAUUUGGAUUUUGAUAUUCUACACACAGAGAAGAAAGCAAAGAACGCUACGGUGUUAAAGUGUGUGUGUGUUUGUGUCCCUGUUUUUGUUGCUGCCAUUAAAAAUGGGGACCAACAACAGUGGAUUACUGAUGCUGCUGGGCAUUUUACUCUUUUUCUCAGCUUCAGUUCAAGGAUUUGUCUCGUGUUCGCCUAACCCUUGCAAGAAUGGAGCGUCGUGCGUUUCAAACCCGCGCGGCGAGUCUUACUGCAGCAGCUGCCCACCUCAAUACGUAGGCGAGUACUGCCAAUUUGCCAACCCUUGCCAUACAGGACCCGGACCCCGAUGCCAAAAUGGCGGCACUUGUGCCGUUAAAAUGUCUAGCAACGCCGUGCCCAGCUUCUCUUGUUCGUGCCCAUUGGGUUAUUCGGCUUCUCUGUGCGAAAUUCCCGUGCCUAACGCUUGUGAUACUGGGCCGUGCCAACAUGGCGGAACUUGCAUCCUCCGCACGUUGGACAAUUACACGUGCGCCUGCCCGCCCCGAUUCCGCGGAGCCAAAUGCGAAGCCGUCGAUUAUUGCGCCCGACAUCCGUGCAAAAACGGAGCCCAAUGCACGUCGUUGGCCAAUGGCCAUCGUUGCACUUGCGCCCCGGGAUUCACCAAUGAAACCUGCGCUGUGGACAUUGACGAGUGUAAACGAAACCCUUGCGUCCACGGCCGUUGUGUCAACACUCACGGAUCAUACAAAUGUAACUGCCACACGGGUUUUACGGGUCAGAAUUGCGAAAAUCAGUACGUGCCUUGCAGUCCAUCUCCGUGCCAAAAUGGUGGUGUUUGCAAAGCCAUCGAUUCUCUCAACUACGAAUGCCGCUGUCCGCCUGGUUUCACUGGUAUCAAUUGCCAAGAAAAUGUCGACAAUUGUCCGGGCCAUUUGUGCCAAAAUGGAGCUACUUGUGUCGAUGGAGUCAAUUCGUACACGUGCCAAUGUCCGCCAUCUUUUACCGGCCCUUAUUGCAAUCAGGACGUUGAUGAAUGUGCUCUGAGACCGAGCGUAUGCAAAAAUGGUGCCACUUGUACCAACACUCACGGCGGAUUCUCUUGCAUUUGCGUCAACGGCUGGACCGGAUCUGACUGCUCGGAAAAUAUCGAUGAUUGCGCUGGUGCCGCUUGUUUCAAUGGCGCCACCUGUCACGAUCGAGUCGGCAGUUUCUUCUGCCAAUGCGCUCCAGGUAAAACCGGAUUGCUGUGCCAUUUGGAUGACGCUUGCGCUUCAAAUCCUUGUCACGCCGGAGCCAUUUGUGAUACGAGUCCUAUCGAUGGCACUUACAUGUGCUCAUGUCCCAACGGCUACAAAGGUGUUGACUGUACCGAAGAUAUUGACGAAUGCGAAGCCGGUUCACCAUGCGAACACGACGGACUCUGCGUCAACACUCCUGGCUCAUUUCGAUGUAAUUGCACUCGUGGCUUCACUGGUCCUCGAUGCGAAAUUAACAUCAACGAAUGCGAUUCCAACCCUUGCCAAAAUGAUGGCACUUGCCUCGAUGAACGUGGCGCUUUCCGCUGUGUCUGCAUGCCAGGCUACACUGGAGUCCAUUGCGAAGUUGACAUCGACGAAUGCGCUUCCAAUCCUUGCAUCAAUGGCGGCACCUGCACUGACAUGAUCAAUGGAUACAAAUGUUACUGUCCGCCUGGUUUCUCCGGAAAGAAAUGUCACAUCAACAUUGACGAUUGUGUCAGCGCCCCGUGCCAAAAUGGCGGCGUCUGCAGAGACUCUGUCGCUGGUUAUACGUGCGAUUGCCCGCAAGGAUUCACUGGACUCAACUGCGAAGUAAACAUCAACGAUUGUCAGAGUUCGCCUUGUCAUCAUGGCGAUUGUGUUGACGGUGUCAACUCUUUCACUUGCCAAUGCCAUCCAGGCUACAACGGACUCUUGUGUCAGACGCAGAUCAAUGAAUGCGAAUCUAAUCCGUGCCAGUUUGGUGGACAUUGUGAAGAUCUCAUUGGCGGUUAUCAAUGCCGUUGCCAGCCUGGAACAUCGGGUCGCAAUUGCGAAUAUAACGUCAAUGAAUGUUUUAGCAAUCCAUGCCGUAAUGGCGCCACUUGUAUCGACGGGAUCAAUCGCUAUACUUGCGAUUGCGUUCCAGGAUUCACCGGCCAACAUUGCGAAACAAACAUCAACGAGUGUGCCAGCAAUCCAUGUUCUAACGGAGGCAAAUGCACGGACUUGGUCAACGGAUUCAAAUGCGAUUGUCCCCGUGGUUAUUUUGACGCCCGCUGCUUGAGCGACGUCAACGAAUGCGAAUCCAAUCCGUGCAUGAACGGUGGCAGUUGCGAAGAUGGUGUUAGCCAAUUUAUUUGCAAUUGUCCUAAAGGCUACGGAGGUAGAAGGUGUGAACUCAACAUUGACGAAUGCCAGUCUAAUCCUUGCCAGCAUGGAGGCACUUGCCGUGACGCCCUCAACAACUACACUUGUACAUGCACCAAAGGUUACAGCGGCCGUAAUUGCGAGCUCAAUGUUGACGAUUGUGCCUCGACACCAUGUCGCCAUGGAGGUUCAUGCAUUGAUCUGGUCCAUGACUAUCAAUGCGUAUGCGACCUACCAUACACUGGUCGUAACUGCGACGCGGAAUUGGAUCCAUGCGCACCCAACAAGUGCCGCAACGGAGCCAAAUGUACGCCAUCCACAAACUACCUAGAUUUUGCUUGCACUUGCGAAUUGGGCUACACUGGCCGGUUGUGCGACGAGGACAUUGAUGAAUGCGCCAUUUCAUCACCGUGUCGUAACGGUGCAACAUGUCAAAAUACCAACGGAUCGUAUGUCUGUCUCUGCGCCAAAGGCUACGAAGGGCGUGACUGUUUGACGAACACGGACGAUUGCGCCACGUUCCCUUGCAAAAAUGGCGGAACUUGCCUGGACGGUAUCGGUGAAUACACUUGUCUUUGCGUGGACGGCUUUGGUGGAAAACACUGCGAGUCGGAUAUGGACGAAUGCGCUUCCAGCCCUUGCCGCAAUGGCGCCACUUGUCGCGACUACGUCAACUCGUAUACGUGUACCUGCCCGUUGGGUUUCUCCAGCACCAAUUGUCAGACCAACGACGAAGACUGUACCAGCAGUUCGUGCAUGAACAACGGAACUUGUGUGGACGGUAUUAAUACCUACACGUGUCUCUGUCCACCCGGAUACACUGGAUCGAACUGCCAGUUCCGUAUCAAUGAAUGCGACUCCAAUCCGUGCCUUAAUGGCGCCACUUGCAGCGAUCGGCUGGGCUCCUAUCUGUGCCAUUGUCCUUACGGCUUCACUGGAACGCGAUGCGAAAAUUUCGUGGACUGGUGUUCCAUGGGUGGAAUCUCACAUACUGGAUCUCAACUGCUACCUGGCCAACCUGGCCAAGGGCCGUGUUUCAACGGAGCCACUUGCAAACAAGUCAACCAGACGUACCAGUGUACAUGCGCACCUGGUUGGACGGGAAUCCUCUGCGACGUGGAAAUGGUAUCGUGUAAAGACGCCGCUCUUCGCAAAGGAUCUGCCGUUUCGGAACUCUGCCGCCAUGGUGGCAAGUGUGAAGACAUUGGCAACAGCCAUCGUUGCGUCUGUGCUGAAGGUUACACGGGCAGUUAUUGCCAACACGAGAUCAACGAGUGCGAUUCGGCUCCUUGCCAGAAUGGAGCCACGUGUAAAGAUCUCAUUGGCUCACACUCGUGCAUAUGUCCAGCUGGUUUCCAGGGUCCCAAUUGCGAGUAUAACAUCAACGACUGCUAUUCAAAUCCAUGUCAGAAUGGGGGCGUCUGCCACGAUUUGGUCAACGCCUUUUCGUGUUCCUGUCCGCACGGCACGCUCGGCAUCCUUUGUGAAAUCAACGUCAAUGAAUGCUACGAAGGAGCUUGCCAUCACGGAGGUGCCUGUAUCGACAAGAUCGGCGCCUUCGAAUGCCAAUGUCCACCUGGUUUCGUUGGACCGCGUUGCGAAGGUGACGUCAAUGAAUGUCUAUCUGACCCGUGCUCGGCUACAGGAACCCUCAACUGCGUCCAGCUGGUCAAUAAUUACAGUUGCCAUUGCAAGCCGGGCUACAUGGGACGACACUGCGAGCUGAAAAUCAAUUUUUGCGAAACAUCGCCGUGCAACAAUGGAGGCGUAUGCGUCAAUGGUGAACUGGGUCAUACUUGCGUCUGCUCUGCUGGUUUCUCUGGCAAGAAUUGCGAUUCAAACUCCGAGUGUGAUUCCACACCUUGCCAAAAUGGAGGAACGUGUCGUCCUUAUCAGCAAGGAUUCCUCUGCACUUGCCCACUAGGCGUAAGUGGCACUCGUUGCGAAUUGGACUCGUACGACGAAUGCCAGUCGAAUCCCUGCAAGAACAACGGUGUUUGUCGCAAUCGAAUGGGCAAAUUUGAGUGCAACUGUCCAGCAAGUUGGAAUGGCCGCCAAUGUGAAUCGUACGAACCGCGAUUCAUGGGCGGCAUCGGUCGUGAAACGACGCCCAACGGCAUUUCGGAAGAACGACUUCGAGAUAAAAUCCAAUGUGCUAGUCAAGGAUGUCAUGAUAAAUCAGGCAAUGGUAUCUGCGACGAAGAUUGCAACACCCCAGGCUGUGAUUUCGACGGAGGCGAUUGUUCAUUGGGUGUUAGCCCAUGGGUCAACUGCACCGCCUCCGUGCCGUGCUGGGAAUUGUUCAAGAACAAGGUAUGCGAUGAAGAAUGUAACAACCCGGAAUGCCUUUUCGACGGUCACGACUGCGAUAAACGCGGUGACGUGCAACCAUGUAACCCCAUUUACGACGCCUAUUGCCAAAGCCAUUAUGGCAAUGGGCGAUGCGACGACGGUUGUAACAAUGCCGAAUGCAAUUGGGACGGACUCGAUUGCGAACAAGAAGAGCCGUCCAUCUUAGCUGCUGGCUCCGUUUCCAUGGUACUCGAAAUGGAUCUUCCCACGUUUAGGAAUAUGAGCGUUGCUUUCGUCCGUUCCAUUGGCCGGCAACUUCGCACCACCGUCCGUAUUAAACUCGAUUCUCAGGGCAACGAAAUGGUCUACCCUUGGAAUAUCGGCGACGAGCCGUCGAAAGCUUUUUCAUUCGGUUCGUCACAUAUAUAUCCUCAUGGAGCCCGUGGAGUCAUCGUCUUUAUUGAAAUCGACAAUCGAAAAUGCAGCCAAAUUCUUGGAGGAGAAUGUUUCUCUAGAGCCAGUCAAGUGGCUCAGUUUUUGGCCGCAUCAGCGUCAGAUCAUUCGUUGGAUGCCGAUUUUCCCAUCCAUCGAGUCUUGGGGUUAGAUGCCGGACCACAAGAAAUUCCAAUCGAUUCGACGUAUGCCAAAUUGACUUACGUCAUCGUUGGCGCGUUGUGUGUCCUGGUCGUCGCUCUUGUGGUCGGCGUCCUGGUCACGACGUCGCGUAAGCGCCAACGAGGCAUCACCUGGUUCCCUGACGGAUUCCUGAGCAACAGCGUCAGUGUGCAGCGACGAACAUCACGCCGUCGUGGACCUGAUGGUCAAGAGAUGCGCAAUCUACACAAACAACCGUCGACCAACCGGUUGGAUAUCGAUCCUUCUUUGGGAAUGGGAAUGGGAAUGCCACCUGAUAUGUCCGGUUACAUGGAUCACGGCAACAUGGGCAUGGAUGGUUCGCGCUGGUCUGAUGACGAAGACUCGAUGGAUCGACCGCCCAUGAAGCGCAUCCGCUCCUCCGAAGGUGGUUACUCCAGUGACCAGACAGCCAUGACGGAAUAUGAUGAAAACGAUCCACGUCCUUGGACCCAACAGCAUUUGGACGCUGCCGAUGUCCGCCCUGAAAUGUCUUCAGGUGUGGCUUUCACCCCACCCAAUCAAUACGGAUCAGCCGACAUGUCUGGCGUCGAAGUGGACGUCCGUGGACCUUACGGAUUUACGCCGUUGAUGAUUGCCUCCUACCGCGGCAACGGUCUCGACACUGGCGAAGACGACGAAGAAGACGGCUCAGCUGCAAUCAUUCAAGAUCUGUUGAUGCAAGGAGCCAAACCCAACGCUACCAUGGACAAGACGGGCGAGACUUCUCUUCACUUGGCUGCAAGAUACGCCAGGGCCGAUGCUGCCAAGAGAUUAUUAGAAGCCGGAGCCGAUGCUAAUUCGCAGGAUAACACUGGCCGAACUCCACUUCACGCUGCCGUUGCUUCUGAUGCUCAAGGAGUCUUCCAGAUAUUGCUUCGCAAUCGCGCUACCAACUUGAAUUCCCGCAUGCAUGAUGGCACUACUCCUCUCAUUCUGGCGGCUCGUUUGGCCAUCGAAGGAAUGGUUGAAGAUUUAAUUAACGCUGACGUUGAUAUCAACUCGGCCGACGACCAAGGCAAGACGGCGCUUCACUGGGCUGCCGCUGUUAACAACAUCGAUGCCGUCAAUAUUUUACUUUCCCACGGGGCCAACAAAGACGCGCAAGACAAUAAGGACGAGACACCUUUAUUCCUGGCAGCUCGUGAAGGCUCUUUUGAGGCCGUUCGCGCAAUGCUUGAUCAUCACGCCAACAGAGAUAUCCCGGAUCAUAUGGACAGACUUCCUCGCGAUGUGGCUCAAGAACGGCUUCACCACGAUAUCGUUCGCCUCUUGGACGAGCACAUCCCCAGAAAUAACCACCAUGUUAUGCCGAUGAGCAGUUCUCAGGCAAGCAGCGUCAACAGGAACAAUGACGUUGCCGCUCAGAACGAACCGGCGCCCACCGGAACGACAGGUCGGCCACCUAAACCCAAGAAGCGUCCAAAGUCCACCGUGGCCGCCGCUCGUGAAACCCAACGCCAUCUUGGCAGUAGCGUUUCCAACUUGGAUGACGCUCCAGUUGCGGCCGCAGCAGCCACCAAUACGAACACUGCCAACAAACGACGGACAAACACCAACAGCCGCAAGAAGAAGAACGAUAACGCCGGAAGUACCAACACUGUCCAAAGUGUCGACAGUGUCUCCACUGUUUCAUUGACUCUUUCUCCAGCCAAUUCUCACUCGCUAGAGUCGCCGCCAACAGUUGAUAUGGGCGCCACUCCUAGCCCUUACAGCGUUAUGACUUACGGUGGCAGUCAUCCACACAUGCCCUCGGGCAAUCCGCCGCAACCACCACCCUACGACGAGUGCAUGAAAACGGCUGCUUCGAUGCAAGCGAUUCACAUGUCGAACAUGGAUCCUUCUACCAACUACGGCUACGUUCACUAUGACUAUCGUAAUCAUCUUCCGCAGCAGCAACAACAGCAACAGCAUGCGCAGCAAUCAACGAUCCAUCAAAGGCAGACUUCAUUGCCAGCAUCGACGGUAUCGUCAGGCAUGAAUGCCAGCCUCCAGCAACAGGCAAUGUCGUACAAUGCCUUGGCCGUCAACACGGCCUACCAGUCUUCCUUGUCGCCGCCCCAGUUUGCGCUUUCGCCGCCAGCUAGCAAUUACGCAGGUUCACCACCUCAGCAGAACCUUGUUCAAAACGGCAUUACAUCGCCAUCGAAGACAGGAAGUCGGCCAUCUCUGCCCACUUCCCCCACUCACAUAGCAGCGAUGAGAGCUGCAGCUCAGCAGCGGACGGGUUUCGAAUUCCCUGAAACGAUGAUGAGCUAUCGUAACACGAAUUCGGGAAUGUCCCAGUACUACCAACAACAUUACCCGACGCCACCGCACUCGCAUAUGGAUCCUUCGCCUUCUCAGCACGCUCUGCAUCCGCCUGAAGCCUAUUUGACCCCUUCGCCAGAAUCUCCUGGACAAUGGAGCUCUGCUUCGCCUCAUUCGACAUCUGACUGGUCGGAAGGCAUGUCCAGCCCACCCAAUCCCAAUAUGUCUUUUGUACCACCUUCACACGCAAAACACACAGAAGGCAUUUACAUUUAAGUGCCCGUUUGAAGAUGUAAGCCCUUUUGUGUGUGUGCAAGUGAUCUCUUGGGUUCUAAAGUUUUGAAAUAUUGAUUUUUUUUUUUAUUAUUUUGUGUGUGUGCGUGUACAUAGGAUCUUUUUCUUUGAAAACCAAGUGUACCAAUUGAAAUUGACCUUUAAAUUAAUUACUGUUCCUGUUAAUUACCAACUUCCAGCUUUCAUUAUCUGCCUGUUUUCCGGUGGCGAAAAUCAGAGGAGAUAUACAUCGUAAUUGUCAUGCUCGUUUAUUUUUAUUAUAAUUUUUUUUUUUUUUAUAUAGCGUGUUGUACAUUAUCCCGCCCAUGACGUGCGUGCAAGCUGGCAUCGUCGCCGUUUUAGCGAUGCGACCAUUCUCUACUUGUCAAUUUAACUCGUGUUUUAUGCAAUUUGCAUCCCCAAGCGUUUUUAACUGUAAUAGACUGUCCAGUUGGUGAAAUACAGUUUUCAAUUUUUAAAAA